AUGUCUGCAGACGAUGUUUUGGAUGUGCUCAAUAUUCAAAGAGAUGAUUUGCAACCUGCAAAGAAGAAGAUAAAGGUUGCACCCGCGUCUGAUGCAAAACCUUUAACUGGAAUGGCUAGAGAAUUAUAUAAUUUAGUAGGUCCAAACACUCCCCCAGUUCAGUUAACUACAUCAACUACAAGCAGAGAGAAAAAAGCAUUUAAACCAAGUCCAUGGUCUCAUAUUACAUUCAAACCCUCUAAAAAUGGACUUGAAUUAAGACAUUGGGUUAAAGGAUCAGAAAGUUUACUAAAUACUGAAGAAGAAUUACUGAAACCUUAUUUCUUUGAUAAAUUCAAUGUUAAUGUCGAUAUACCGAAUUUUGUUGAAAAGGAAGUUUAUGAUAGAUAUAUUACUGAAAUUGAAGAAGAAGAAGAGGCAAAGAGACAAAAGAAAGUAGAAGAAUUGAAGGAAAUCCAAACUGAAAACAAGGAAGAGAGUGAGAAAAAACAGAGUGAAAAGACACUGGGUGAGAAGACACAGAGUGAAAAUGCAAAGAAGGAAAAGACACAAGAAGGAAAUGAUAAAGGUAAGGAUAAAGAUAAGGACGAAGAGAGGGACAAAGAGAAAGAGAAAGAUGUAGUUGAAGAUGGUAAUAAUGAUGAAAAGGAGAACCGAAAUUCUUGGACAUAUGAGGAGACAAAAUCUUUAUUUGAACUUUGUAGAAAUUUUGAAUUGAAAUGGCCAAUCAUACAUGAUAGAUUCCCAGGAAAACGUACACAAGAAGAACUCAAACAACAUUUUUACAAAUUCAGUUCCAAAAUACUAUCAAAUGAAGAGCAGAAAAACCAAACCCUUAUAGAUUCAUUAAAUUCAUACUCAAAAGAUCGAGAAGUGGAUAGAAAACAAUACUUGGAAAAUUUAUUGCUAAGAACACCUGCAGAAAUAGCGGAGGAAGAGUCAUUAGUCAUUGAGGCUAGAAGAUUCGAAUUAGCUGCAAAAAAGAUGUUAAUGGAAAGAUCAAAUCUAUUGGCUUUGCUUGAUUCCCCACAAUCUACUCAAAACGUAGCUCAAUAUCAAUCAUCUCAAGGUAUAGCAAACUUAUACAACAAUUUAAUGAUUUAUGACAAACAUCAAAAGAAAAAGAAACAACAAGUUAUUCAAGAUCCUGUACCACCACCAAUACCACCUGCAGCAUCGUCAUCAAAUAAAAGAGAUCGUGGUUUCCAAACUCAACUUCAACAAUAUUUAUCAUCACUUUUAAAACAAAAUUAUCAUUCAGCUGCAUCAAUUAGACAAGAAGCUAAUUCAAUUCAUCAAUUACUACAAAAAAAACUCACUCAAAAGGAGGAAGAAGCUUACGGACUUCAUUAUCAUGGUGUUGAAAAAUUGACACCAGGUGUCGCGUUAAGAUCUCAACAAAGAUUACCUGGUUUACAACAAAGACAAUCUGUAUUGAAAUUAGUUAGUUCGUUAUUACAAGAAUUAGAUGUACCAACUGCGGGUGGUACUUCUAUGAAACCAAUUAUGCCAACUCGAAGAACUAUGAGUAAAUAUGACGAACUUUUACGUUCAGUGGUAACAUUGUUAGAUGUGAAGAAGGCUAGAGACAAACUUGAAGCAGAAAUAGGUCUAAUAAAAAGUCAACAUGAGCAGCAAUAA